AUGGCCGCGACUUGUACGGAGUCGCCGGUCGAGGCGGAGGUCGCGCCCGUGCACCCGUACUACAGCCUGCUGCCGUCUUACGUGACGCCCGAGAGCAUCCAGGCAGAGCGAGCUGAUUUUCUGCGCCGGAUCCAGGAAACACUAACCUGUAUGCAGACGCUGGGCGACGGCGACGCGCUGGGUGGUGUGCUGCAAAACCGCCACUUCCGGGAUGUGGACACGUUUUACAAGCUGAAACACGAGCUGCCCCUGGGGCUGCACGCGCAACUGAUUCGCGUGUUGGUGGAGCUGCUGUGGACGCGCGAUGGACGCGCAUUCGCUGACGUGGACAUGGAAAUCCGAGCCGUGACGGCGCUGCAACUGCUGCUGAAGAAGUGGAAGAAGCGCCACCGCGGCGAAGAUGGUGCUGUUACCGAAGACCUCGUGAUCAAUUGGAGGUCGGUGAGGCGUGCGAUCGAGCGCGUCUGCUUUCGAGCGCCUGGGUACAUCCAGCAGGCGUCGCAGAGUUACAUGGUUAAGUUAACAAACACGACGGUCAAGUGCGCGGAGGAGGCGCGCAGCUUUUUCCGAGCAUCAGAUCCUGCCACGCCUUUUGUGCUCGAGCUGUGGACGGAGUUCGGCGCGACUGUGAAAAAUGUCAAGUCGACGGAAUGCUUUCGUGCGCUGGCACUUUUCUCGUUUUUGGUCUCAUUGCCGAAGUCGGAAGAUUCGAAAACAGAGGCGGCUGUUGUGAGCCUCCUCCCCGAGUGGUUCUCGACGUGGUCGUUGAUUUCGCGUUGUAACGAGUGGGAUGGACAUUGGAUGAAAAUCUUAUCUCGUGCUACCAAACGCUACCCCAGCACAUCGAUGUUGGAUGAGUAUCUCCCGUUUAUCUUCGCGAAGGUGAACGACUUGUUGGAAUUGCCUUCUGACCUGGGUUCCCCAUUCAAAAAGCAGCUGUGGCCAUCGGCGUAUACCUCGAUAAACGGGUCGAAGCGCUUCGGUCAGCACGCCAUGCGUUUGUGCGUGUACCUCUUACGUGAGGGAGGGGGUGACGGCAAUGCUGCAGCCCCGACGCGAUACCUGUUGGAGAUUCUGAGCAUGGUGAAGUCAUUUUUCCACCCAGCAAAUGUUGCCAACGUCGGUAAUUCACUCGCCACCUACUUGUACUAUCUCAGCAACGCGUUGUGCAGACGUCUUGGGCGCGAGAAGGCGGGGAUCAAAGUUCUUCAAACGGCUUCGAUUGGAAAUAUCCUGGACACGCUUAUGGAAAUUUGCUUACUGGGGAUUUACUCGAAGAACAAAGGUGUAGCGACCAAGUGUAUGUACGUGAUGAAGAACCUCCUGUGCAUCCACCCUGUGCGAUGUGCAGCUCCCGUGAUGGAGGAGAUGCUCAAGGCGCUUGAUCCGAUGGCCAUGAGCCACUCACACUUGGCGGCCACUGCGAUUUCCUCGAUGGCGGUGUUUUUGUAUCAUUUGAUGUGUGGACGACACCCGCAAAGUACGGGCCUGUUUUUCGCGACUUAUUUGGAACCUAUGCUGAAGCUCACGUUACCAGGGAUUGAUGCGAACGAUGAAAAGAAAACGCAGUCGACUGUCCAGCUCUACUUUCACCUGCUAUCGUGGCUGCCCCUGGUGAACGAUCCAGCAAAGGGGAACUUCCAGGCAACAAAACAGAGGAAAGAGUUGUCGAACCAGCUCUUUGCGGAUAUGGAAAGUAGUCUGUUCGCUGAAGUUGCAGCAAUGGACAGCCAGAUCGACGAAAACAUGUGGGAAGCCGGACCCGUUUUAGAGGAGUGGGCGUUUGCUGUUUUGGAUCGUUGCUUCCAAUUCAUUCAGUCGCGGUCUGGUGCUAGAUCUGCCUCGCCUGCCGCCAUUGCUGACAGAAACCGGAGCACUAAGUCUUCAAAGAGAGAUGGGAGCGAAGAUGCGAUCGUGUUGCAGGUCUUAAAUCUGCUGGCCAUCCUGUAUGCACAGAUGUCUCCAGAAAUUUACACGCAGUGCCUUCGCAAGACCGUGGCCUUUGUGACAAACGCAUUCUACACUUCGCCUUUUGGAGGAAAAGUCAUCUCGACGUUGAUCUUCAACUGCAUGCAAGGAAAUCCUUCCGAAGCCUUGGAACAGUUCAUGCCGAUUGUACUGGACAAACUUCACGUGACGAAGACGGCUAUUCACGAUUCCAACCUGAUGGUGAAUGAGAAAGUGUGGUACCUUCGCAUUCUCGAUGGCCUUGUGCGGUUCAGCCCUCCAGGUGACCCCAUUUUGCUGCGCUACGAGCACGAGCUGAAGUUGAUCUUGGCGCACUUUUUGAACGGCGAUGAAGAGAAGAAAGUUUACGAAGCUGCUGGUGCUGUCCUCCAGAACUUGCUGUCUGGUCUCUGUGGAGUAUACACACACGACUUUCGAUCGUUGCCUGGUACCGAGUGGGAAAACGCGACAUCUAGCAACAGCGGGGCAUUUCAAUACUUGGGUGCUGGCAUUUCGUGGAAUAGGCUAUCGGUACGGUGGCACGAGCCGAGUGAAGGAGAGCUUGCAUUCGGAUCUAAUCUGUUGCAAGACCACGUCGUUGGAGCUCUUGAGAAGUUGGAACAAAUGAGGCAUAGUCAAGAUCUAACAGUUCGUGUGUGGACGCGUCUUCUGGACCAAGUGCUCCAAGGGCUUCUUGGGGCUGCAAAUGUGCUGACUGACGAGAGUACUGCGGCGAAUGGGGCGUUUUUGGAUGGUGCUAAGCCUCUACUGCUCAAGGCACUCCAGAAUAAUCCGGAGCUAUUUGAAAGAAUUUCGUCUCUGAAGGGGUUGCUGAUGAACCAAAUCCACGAUGCUGUCGUGUUUUGGAGAGAGAGAGGCAGCGGGAGCGCGAUGGAAAACCAAGUAUGGCGUUUGCUGUUGGACAUUAUGCACCAGCUUUUAAUUUGGAGAGGCGAGCAUCUUGAUGAUUUCAGGGUGAAAGAAUCUCAAAACAUGUAUUCCCGAAUUACGAGCACGGAUGUCGUUUCGCAUGCCUAUCGGACAAGCGGCUACCUUCGCCGCCGCGAGAAUAAGGGUGAGCAAGUGCUGCUUUUAUCACGCAACGAGCUGGUUGAGAAAGUGAUGUUUUUCUAUGCGAAGCGAAAAGUGCAACAACACUUUGCGUUGGCUAACGCAAUAGCGCAGCCUGAGAGUGAUGAAGAAACACGCCAGCGCUACGAGGCGCUCUUAGCGGAGGUCGAGCGUCUUCUGAAGAAUCCGUUUGAAUCCGUUCGUUCAGAUGCAGCGGCAGUAAUGAAGGAAUGCUCAGUGCUGUACGCUAGAUGGAUAUACUCCCGUCAGUUGGCACAGAUUGAAGAAUUGGAAGGCUUUUGUGGUCCGUCACAGUUAACAGAAGAACGCGUGUCAGGAUUGAUGCACAUGCUGUCAUUGCCCCUCGCUCGGAAAAACUUGUGGAAGAAGCGCGAUACGUUGCUUAAACGUGUGCUGGUGGUGCUUCUACGAAGCAACAGUGCGGUUGUCAAGCAGGUUGACAGUGAAGCGGAUAAGUCGAAGGUCGAGAUGAAGCUGCAGGCAUUCUUCCUUUCUCUGUUGCUAAACUGGAGAUACAUUCGGGGCCAGAAGACGAACCAACCCUUGCUUCAGACCGUUCUUGAAGCAGAGCCUUCAAGCUCAGAGCAUUGGAAGUUCCAAUUGCUGCACUUAGUGAUGUUGUAUCCCUUUUUGCAGCCUGAAGCGAUGCCAAUUGAUGUUGGCGUCUGGGAGUUGGUAAUUCAGCAGUUGAGGAACGAUGUGCUUCCCGUGCGGCAGAUUGCAUUGGAACUCUUCAAGCACUUGAUGAAGCUAUUGAAGCGCAGCCGAGAAGAACGGGACUCACCUUACGUGGACGAGAUUGAUGGACUUAUUUACUCCGGCAGUACGACGCAAGCGCUUGUGGAAGCUUUGAUAAACAACCACAAAAACUCCAACAGAUUUGCUGCCUCUGCGGAUGGUCAGCAUGCCGACUCAGCUCCAAGUGACUGGUCGUUUGGUGUAAACGAGGUUGUUCGGUACAUUUCGAACAGCGCACAGACAUUCCCGAAAGCCCCACCCUUGUCGUCUGUGCGUCUCCUUAACCAAGCACGCAACACGUUCACAGGCGUGAAUUUGGCCAGCGUCGAGUUGGUAGAGAAGCUUGUACACGGAAAUUCGAAGGCAUUUUUGAACAGCGGAGUGGUGGAAAUACUUCGCGACCUGGUAAGUAAAAACGUUGGCGUCGAUGUUGGGGAGGAGGAUCGGCAGGCGGCGCUGAAAACACUGGCUGACUGUACAGCUGGCCUACUUCACGCCCUAGCAAAACUGAAGACUGACGGUGAGGAAGACGUGGCUUAUCAUGUCACCAGUGUAGUCAGUCUGUUCAAGGCAGUUAUUCCGCAUGUGAGUAUUGUGAUGGUGGAUCAGUGGGUUGAGGUAGUCUAUCUUGCGUCCCGCCCAUCGAGGUCUGAUGCCGUGAAGUUGCGCCGAUUGGAGCCGUUGGUGAGUUAUUUGCUUCUCGAGCUAGAAGACUCUUUUGCUCGGGCAGCUGCAGAAGACUACGCGCGUCAAGCGAAGUGGCUGGCUCUGGUAGAAGCGUUGGGGGUUCAUCUACUUGCGGCCAAUAUUUUGACAACUGACGAAACAGUGCACGCGCUUGCCUCCAAUUUCAGCGAACGAGUGGUGAAGGUGGUUCGAGAGCAUGCCUUGGCUCACCAUUACAAGAUCAUUCGAGAUCGCGCCGGGAAGAUGCUAUUUUUGGUGGGUGCUUACACCCUUUCGGUAUCUUCUUGCCAAGCCGAUUCGCCCUCAGCUCCAAUCUCCUCGGCGUCGUUGCCACUGAGAGAACUAUUGGCUGCUAGUGCGUCAGAAGAAAAUGUCGACAACGCGGAGAGCGUGUCGGAGGAAAGUAACGCAGCGACCGACAUAUUCUUGCAUGCGAAGGAAACCGCGAUGCAGUGGCUGGCGUGUUGUGAGAAGUAUGGAGAUGGAAGGGAUAUGCUUGUCAUGCUUGAUGACUUGCUGCCUGUUGCUCUGCUGGCACAAAGUCACCCGAAGGCGGAGGUGGCUGUUCAAGCGAAGAAUGUCACCGAUGCCGUAUCACUAUCGCUGCGAAUGUAUUUUGUGCCGCAGGAUGCAUCCGGAAAACGUGCAGUGCCGCAAUUGCUGGAGCUGCUAAAGCGCUUGUCGACCUCUCGGACCUGGAAGACCCGCGGUGCCGUUCUGCGCUUUACCAUGACGUUCGCUUUCUACCAUUGGGUAUUCUUUUCGAGCGACUUGAAGGAGCAGGUGCACGCAUUUGUCUGCGCGUUCUUGACGGACGAGCAGCGAGAGGUGCAGGCAAUGGCGAAGUAUGCGCUGCGCGGUAUUCUUCACAAUGAGCUGCCAACGACAGUGGAGACGAUGAGUGUGCGAUUGACCGAGAGCGCGGGGCAGGCGCGGGUGAAAUUCCCAAAGCUGAAACGCCGGUGUGAACGCCUGGAAGCGGAAGGCGCCCCCGAUGAGGAGCUGAAGAAGACUCAGGAGCGGCUGAAGGCGCUUGAAGCGAAGAUGACCGAGAGCGUGCUGAGUCUGAGCGCUGUCGUCCUCGCGUUCCCGCACGACGUGCCAAGCUUCGUGCCGCCGAUUUUUGAAGAGCUGGGCCGGUUCCUGUACAUGAAGAGGUCCUCGAACACAAUCUCGUUUUUGGAGAAGGAGGUGAAGGAGACGCUGCUGGAAUUCAAGCGCACGCAUCAGGACAACUGGAUCGAGACGAAGACCAAGUUCUCGCGCGCGCAGCUUGACGUGAUUGAAGAUGUUGCCAUCGCGCCGAGCUACUUCAGCUAG